AUGAAUGAGAUGCAGGAAGAAUACGAGAGUGCUAUUAUGAAUAAGAGAUGGGAUAAAAAGAGAGAGUGCUACUUCAACAGAGAAGGUGAACCAGUUGUUCCGAAGAAAAACAUAAUCUUUGAAGAUGUUCUUCUCAUAAUUCCUUCAUCGGCUGAAUAUUAUAGAAAUGUUCUAAAAGAUGACACGUAUGCAAAAAGGCAUGAAAAGGAAAUCAAAUAUGCCAUGAUAUCGUGUUUGAGAAAGAGAGAUGAAGAGAGAAUGAAGAAGAGUGUUGAAGAAAUGUUGAUCAACUUGAAGAAAGUUGUUGUAGAAAUAAAAGCUGAAGCUGUUCAAGUUGAGGUUGAGAAGAAAGUUGAAGUUGUAAAAGAGGAAGAUUUGAAAGUUGUUGAGACAGAAAAGAUUGAAGAAAAAGUUGUAGAAGAUGAGAAGAAAACUGAAAGUUUGACUGAGGUAAAGAUUGAGAAUUUUAAGUCUGCUAGUGAUGAAGGUGCUGGUGAUGAGAAGAAGGAAGAGCUGAAGCAGACAGAGGCACCUGAAAACACCAAAGUGCCAAUCACUGAGGUGCUCAAGAAAAAUGAAGACUGUGAGGAUGGAAACUGGAGUAGCCUGGCAGAUGGAAAGGAGAAAGAGGCUGCUGGACCCUGUGUUGGUUAA